AGCUAGUGUUUUGUUUUACUGUUUUUUGUCUGUUACGCAACGUUUCAUUCUUUUCAGGACACAGUUUUCAUAUUCAGAUGGAACUCAAUCUGCAAACGCACACUUGUACUGUCACGUUAGCACACACAAUGAUAAUACCGGAAACAGUGUUUUUCAAAAUGAAAGCUCAGAGUAGAAAACCAAGUAUGAACCACAUAAUUCAGUAUGUGGGCAUGAAAAUGUUGUUGCAUUAUUGUUAUUAAUAUUAUCCCAGAUAUUACUUGUAAAGUGAGUGGCGUCUCAAAAAUAGACACGCUAACAGUCUAGUAAGCUAUACGUAAACAUAGUCGUUUAUUUUGAAGUAGCAACUGUAAGAGGAAGUGUGCAGCAUGUCGGAGUUUAAUGUUUUUCUGCUACAUAUGUAGCAUAAUGUAGCAAACAGGGAAACUGUGAUAUAUUUAAUAUGAAAUAAACCACCUUCUCAUUGUAUGGUUAGAGGCCCGUUCAGGAAGGCAGUUUUCUCAAAUCACUGGCCCUCAGUCUGGCAGGAAACAUGUCAUCGAUGACAGCAUUUACAAGAAACGUGUGGCAAAAAUAAACUCCAUUUCCACCUUUCUGCAGACUCCCUAACUUAAGACCCACUCACCAGCCUUUUCCGUAGUGUUUACUGCAUCUCAGGGUCUUCAUCAGUAAUUCGUCAUCACUCUCAGCUUUUCACUUCUCUGACUCACUUUUUUGGCAUCAAGUGAAAUUAGUUGCACCAUGGCGGAGCACUUCCACGUGAACACACCACUGCUGGAGUGUAUGGGGAUGUCCAAGCGGCUGGGAACUACCGUCUAUCUGAAGAUGGAGAAUUCGCAGCCCUCGGGCUCGUUCAAGAUCCGCGGCAUCGGACACCUCUGCCAGCAGCUUGCCAGACAGUCCAAAGGAGUUGUCUGCUCUUCAGGUGGUAAUGCAGGCGUGGCUACAGCCUACGUAGCAAGAAAAAUGGGUGUCCCUUCCACUAUCAUAAUUCCAUCCUCUUCUCCUCAACUGGUGGUCCAGAGACUCCAGGAUGAGGGAGCUACUGUCAAGAUAGUAGGCAAGGUUUGGGAUGACGCCAAUGCAGAGGCUCUCAGACUGGCAGAAGCUGAAGGACUCACCUACAUUCCUCCGUUUGAUCACCCCCUGCUUUGGCAGGGCCACGCCAGCGUGAUCACAGAGGUCGCAGCCUCUCUGGGCCCCGGUGUGAAGCCUGGAGCUGUGCUGGUGUCUGUGGGUGGAGGAGGCCUCCUGUGUGGGGUCAUCCAGGGCCUGAAGAAUGUAGCCUGGAUGGAUGUACCCGUCGUCGCCAUGGAGACGGUGGGGGCAGACAGCUUCAAUGCUGCAGUGAAGGCGGGGACGCUGGUCACUUUGGAUGACAUCACCAGUGAGGCUAAAUGUCUCGGAGCAAAGACGGUUUGCAAGCAGGCCUUCGAAUACAGCCAGAGCAGCGAGCUGAACAUCAUCUCUGAGCUGGUGACUGACCAGCAGGCGCUGCAGGCUGUCCAGACCUUCCUGGAUGAGGAGCGAGUGCUGGUGGAGAUGGCAUGUGGAGCAGCGCUAGCAGCCGUCUACAGCGGACUGAUAGGCAGGUUGCAGGAUGAAGGUCGCCUGCCGACUCUGUUAGGCCCCCUGGUGGUGAUUGUCUGUGGUGGCAGCAGCAUCAACAUGGAGCAGCUGAGCAGCCUCAAACACAAACUACACAUCUGAACAACUGUGUGUGGAGGGAAAGUAGAAAGAUGAAUGGAUGAAAUUCAGGGGAAAAAACAUUAAAGAAAUGCACAGUUUUAUUGUCUUUAUCUUGAAAGCAAAAGUCUUCAUUUGUGACGUUUGAAAGAAUUAUUUCUAAUAUAAAUAAAUUUUAAAAACUGUGUAGCGUACAGAAAUAAAAUGAAAUGUUUUAGGGAAUUCAAAUAAAUCCCUGCAAGUAAAAAUGAUUGUUUUCACAGUUACUAGGUCUCCCCACAUGGUGGUGUCACAGUUCACUGUUCAGAAACAUCCACAUAGUCCAUUAGAAUGCAGAGAAAAGUUAAUGGAUAAAAUGUUUUUUCACCUGCAUUUAAAGCUUCUCUUAUUUUUGUUGAUUAAUUUUUCCAAAAAACCAACACAUUUGAAAAGAAAACAGACUUUUUAUUUUUACUGUUGGACUGUCUUUUUCCUCUGCACAUUAAUUUUAGGAUUCCAGUCAGUUUGUGUUGUGUGUAGGUAGCCAUUACUAUGGAAACCGCUCCUCGCUGCUCUGUGUGCGUCAGUGCACAGGGUCCACUUUAACAACUUGUAGAUAAUGUUCGCCUUCUCCACUCUCAGACAGUUGCAUAAGACAUUAGGUCGUUCACAAAGUGCACAAGCAGAUAAUGGAUUUCAUGUUAACACUUGGUGUCUGUUCAAAAGCACCUCGAGCCAUUUACCGAUCAGAAGAAAAAGAUUUCAUUUUAAAAUUCAAAUGCAAGUAUGAAGCUGGAAUGACAGCGGCUCCAUAUGUGAGCAUGCUGAGGUGAGAAUGGGAGAGCUUUGUGAUGGUGGUAAUAAAGGCUGUUGAUGCCUUGUGGCUCACGGUAUGUUUACAAUA